CCGGGAGGAGGGCUCCAGAGCUGCAACGACGAAUUUCCCCUGAAGACACCGACGGUGUUUGUACGUGUGCAGGAUGGAGCUGCGACCACUUGUCAUGUGCUUUGCUCUCUGUGUGGUUUAUGCCAUCAGCAAACCCACAGAGAAGAAGGAGCGUGUUCAUCACGACGAGCCCCUCAGUAACCGUGAUCACGAUGAUUCAGACAACUUUGACUAUGACCACGAAGCCUUUUUAGGACAAGAGGAGGCCAAAACCUUCGACCAGCUCACACCAGAGGAGAGCAAAGAGAGGCUCGGCAUGCUGGUUGAACGUAUAGAUGACGAUAAGGAUGGCUAUGUGACUGCUGAUGAGAUGAAGAAGUGGAUCAAACACGCUCAGAAGAGAUGGAUCUACGACGACGUGGAUCGGCAGUGGAAGAGUCAUGACCUCAAUGGGGAUGAAGUGGUGUCAUGGGAAGAGUAUAAGAAUGCCACAUAUGGAUACAUUCUUGACGACCCUGACCCUGAUGAUGGCUUUAGCUACAGGCAGAUGAUGGAUCGUGAUGAGAGGAGAUUCAAAAUGGCCGACCAAGACCGUGACAUGAAAGCCAACAAGGAGGAGUUCACAGCCUUCCUUCACCCAGAGGAGUACGACCACAUGAAAGACAUUGUAGUGCUGGAAACUAUGGAAGACAUUGACAAGAAUGGAGAUGGUUUAAUUGAUCUUGAUGAGUACAUCGGUGACAUGUACAACCAGGAGGGAGACGCUUCGGAACCUGAGUGGGUGAAGACGGAGAGGGAACAGUUUACUGAAUUCAGAGACAAAAACAAAGACGGAAAGAUGGACAAGGAGGAGACCAGAGACUGGAUCCUGCCCAAUGACUACGACCAUGCUGAGGCCGAGGCCAAGCAUCUGGUCUAUGAAUCAGAUACAGACAAAGAUGGCCGUCUCACAAAGGCAGAAAUUGUGGACAAGUAUGACCUGUUUGUGGGCAGCCAGGCGACUGACUUCGGAGAGGCUCUCACUCGACACGACGAGUUCUAAUAUCUACCCGGCCCCCAAAGACUGUGUUCAUCCUGUUUUACCACCUUACUCCUCCCACAGUGGACAGCGUGUUUGUUUGUUUGUUUGGGUUUUUUUUAAACAAGAUGAGCUCAGUUAAUCCAACCCCACGGACAAUAAUUUAUUUGAUCUCUUGAAUGUGUCCCAAUGUACACACACUAAGUGUGUCCUCAUGAUAAAUUGUGCGUAAGAUUGGGAUAUAUUGCUAGCUUUUGCUCUGCUUCCACACAUUAUCCUCGCCUCGUCCAGGUCAGGUGAAGGACAAACAGUGUUUUUAUUCUUAUGAGAGAAUUAUUUGAAAUAGCCAUGUUUUGUUAAGAAAACUUUGAUAGAAAAAUAAGUUUAGACUUGCAGUUUGUUGAACAAUUUGUUUUUGCAAUGCACUGGACCGUGAAGAGUAAAGCUGAUUUCUAGAAUUUGUUCUACUCUGUCUAAUCAUGUAAUUGGGUCCAAACUGAAUUCACUUGUACUUUGUUUUUUGAUGUCUUUAUUGAUCAUAGUUUGAUAAUGCUGGAGUACAGGAUGUUUGGAAUAAGGAGUAAAUGUUAAAUUUCAAUGACAAUGAAGACUAUUUGGACUAGUGCAAUACAGUAUCAUCAGUGGGACCCCGCUGUGUUUGCUAUAAUGGUCCCCCAAACCAUCCAUGGUAACACAGGCUGUGGUGUAUGUUAGUUGAAGGAAUCAAGAUGACUUUAAGGACUGAUGGAUGCUUUGUCAAAACUGCCUCUUCUUUUUCAUCACCUCAAUAUUGUGAGUGAGUGACUGAGUGAGUAAGUGUUUGUGUGUGUGUGUGUGUUUGUGUGUGUGUACACUUAUAUUACUUGUAUUCUUGAUGAGUGAUUUCCCCUUUUUUCAAUGUUAUAUUUUGAGUUUUGUGUAAUUCAGCUCAACUACUAACUCAUUUGUGUGCCAAGCAAAAAAAACUAUUGUUUUUUGUAGGCAGUUAAAAAAAAACACUUUCUCCUGCAUAUUUUGGGAGCUAAAUAUGUUUAUGCUUGUCUUAUCACUACCACCAUUUAUAACCACUGUUGAUCAUUUUUAUGGUAUACUAUAAUGUACAUGAUAAUGUUUUUUUACAGGCUCACUGCAGCGACAUGCCUUUCACGAGUGACUUUACUGUAAAUAAGUUGUUGGUCUGCAAACUGAGCACUCUAAUAACAAUCAGGUCCAGUUUUUGUGAUUGAGAGGAAUGUCUCAAUAAAACAAAUAAAAUUGGAACUUUUA